CUGUCAGUUUCUGUCUCUGUGGAUAAUGUGGAUGUGAAUUUGUGUGAUUCGUUUCAGCCGGCAAUUAAAAAUAUUAUUGUAUUGAUCAUCUUCUUUAAUUAUUUUGACCGUGUAUCAGACUAUCGUAUCUAUCAUAUUCACAAAUAUACUCUAACUGUAUUUAUGACUGUGUUUACUAUAUAUAAUCGUUACACCGCAGUGCCGCAACCCGCAAACCGCAGUAUCCGAAUUAAUCUUUACACCUUUUGUACAUCGUUUUCAUUUUAAUAUUCCAAUUGUCCGAUUAUUAAAACACAUAAAAACAAAAAUGACGCACUUACUUACUAAAUCUGGGAAUAAAAGCCAAGAAGAGAAACUGCUGUUGCCAUUCACAUAUAUCCAGCAAGUGCCAGGAAAGCAGAUGAGAGCCAAAUUAACAGUUGCAUUUAACUACUGGUUACGAGUUAAUGAUGAUAAACUAAAAGCUAUCGGUGAAAUUGUCCAGAUGUUGCACAAUUCAAGUUUAUUGUUAGAUGACAUUGAGGAUAACUCGAUUCUGCGUCGCGGUAUUCCAGUGGCGCACUCUAUAUACGGCAUCGCUAGUACGAUCAACGCAGCUAACUAUGUGAUGAUGAUAGCUCUCGAGAAAACCCUCAAUUUGGGACAUCCACUGGCGACAUCAGUAUACACAGAACAACUGUUGGAACUACAUCGCGGUCAAGGAAUGGAGAUAUACUGGAGAGACAAUGUCCAGUGCCCUUCAGAAGAGGAGUACAAAGAGAUGACUAUUAAAAAGACUGGAGGUCUGUUCAUGUUGGCAAUCCGUUUGAUGCAACUGUUCAGUGACAAUAAGUCUGACUUCAGCAAGCUAGCUUCGAUCCUGGGAUUGUAUUUCCAAAUCAGAGACGAUUAUUGCAAUCUGUGCUUGCAAGAGUAUUUUGAGAACAAGAGCUACUGCGACGACAUUAGCGAGGGAAAAUUUAGUUUCCCAAUAAUACACGCGAUCAGAAACCAGGAGGGCGAUAAUCAAAUACUGCAUAUUCUUCGUCAACGGACCCACAAUAUUGAAGUGAAGCGGUAUUGUAUAAAGCUUCUAGAAAAAGCUGGAAGCUUCAAAUACACUCAUGAUACGCUUGAAGAGUUGGACAAAGAAGCCAGAGCUGAGAUUGAUCGUUUAGGCGGCAAUCCCCAUCUAAUGGAGUUCCUGGACGAACUUCGGAAAGUUGGCGGAAGCGACACCAAGAAGACAUCGGAAUAAUUUUCGGUACAUCAGAUUUUUUUUCGUUGUUAACCAAAUUUAUAUAUUUAUUGUUAUCGAUUUGGCAUUUAAAUUUGAAAUGAUGUUAAUUUAAUUCUUAAAGUUAUUGUUUUACCUUAUUAAUAGAUAAUUAACCCAUUGAGCCCCGAGCGGCCCGAUCGGACCAUGACACAAUAGAUUUUCUAUUGUCUGUGAUUCCGGGGGCUGAGUUAUUACUUGGAUACUUUAAGUUUUUUACCUACGUAUCAAAAAGCCAUAUUUGUCUCAUUGUGUCUUCUUUAAAUAACCAUCUUAUAGUGUUAUAUAAUCAAAUAAUAGUUCAUUUUAUUAUUUAAUUACUUAUUAUUUUUUAUUAAUGGUAUUUAUUCACGCAAUUAAAAUUUCUUAACGUAUUUUGAUGGAAUAUAAUAUCGUUUACUCGUUAGGCCUACUUUAAAAUAAAUUAAAUAUUAUUUUUAAAUAUAUUAACAUGAGUUCGCAAGAAAACGUGUAGAUUUCAUUAUAAAUAUGACUUCUCUUUAUGCAAAUAUCAAAUAAUGAUGCAAUCACUUUGUAAGCGAAAUUAUUUCUUGAUUUACACAUUUUUAUUAAUGUAAAUUUUUGUGCUAUUUUUUUUUUAGAUUCGUAAUAGCAAAUAUAGUCUAGUCUAGAUUCGACAAUUAUCUAGAAGGCUGUCUGUGACUUAAAUGCGUUUUUAUUAUUAAUUAUAAUAAUUUUAGGGAACAUUAACUACUAUUUUGUUGAAAAAUCUUACAGCAAAUUGUCUUAGUUUUGUCAAACAUUGUUUUUGGCUUAGCUUAGUUGUUACAGAAAUUUUCUUGCGUUUAUAUUUAACUGUCUUUCAAGAUUUUAUUUUUAUAGUUUACAACUACUUAAUUAUGUAAUUAUCUAAGUACUUAGUUAUUUAAAUUGUUAAUAAAUUUAAUAAAAUAUAUGCCUAGACGUUUGUUCAUUAAAAUCUGAAUAUUUAAAAAAUUAUAUUAUUUUAGUUUGCUAUUUCAAAACAUCGAAAAAAAAAGAUUAUUUUUUUGUCAAAAUAUUAAACCUUUUCCUUUUAUUUCGAAUGACCAAAGAGAAAUAUUAUGAAACUAUUUGUAAAACUAUAAUAUUCAGGUUUUAAUAUUAUUUAAUGAAUAUUUUACAUAGUGUGCUAGUCAAGUAUUAUUACAAAAGCUUAAAUUUAAUAAAUUACACAAAUAAUACGUUUAUUAAAAAAGUACUUGUUCAAUUUUGAAUACAACUGAUGAUGAUAUUUAAUUUAUCUUCAGAUUAAGAAGUCACAUUUUGCCUUAUGAUUUUCUUCAAUAAAACAACGAAUUUGAAUUACUUACUUAAUUGUUUUCAAUAAAUAAUAAACAACCAAGAAAAUAACUGUUCAAGUAUGGUAAUAAAACAUACAAUCAAAUACGUAAUAAGUAAAUAUUUAAACGUGCUUUUUUUUGAUACGGCAUGCUUCGAAUUUAGUUAAAAAUGCAUUACUUUUGAACGUUACGAAGAAAUAAAGUUUCGUCUAUGAUUUUUAGGUUCUUCGAUGAGAUGUAAGGUUUAUUGGUGAAAAUUCUUAAAAUAAGAUAGUUUAGGUCAUAAAGUACUUAGAUUGCGUAUGUAUGGCAUUUAUAAUUUAAUCUCAGUAGGUAAUGUAAGCUUUUUAUGUGCAAUUAUAACUAUUAGGGCAUAGCGCUGUACUAGAUAUAGGGAGUCGUGGGUGUUAAUUAUGAAAUAUUUUCUACCUUACUUAUAAACUUUAUCGUAUGGUCUUGAAAUCUACAAAUUGCAUUACGAUAAGUCGAUAUAU